GUAGGUGAAAAGAAAAAUAAAAUAUAAAAAUAAAUAAAAUCACAAUUAUCAUCAACAUUUGAAUGAAACGUUUUUAACGGUGUGUUGCAAUUCUGAGAAAGUUUUGACUCGCAAAGGAAGCUGGCAAAAAAGCUACUACCGCUGAAUUAAAUACCGAUUAUAUUAACCACUCAUUAAUACUUACAUUUCUCCAGUGGUGAGGUUAAAGGGUACCAAAGCUACUUUCAACCGGACCCCUCAAAGUCAUGGUAAACACAACCAAGACGUUGCAAUGCAUCGACUAUCACGGCUACAACUGCAGCGGGCCGAGCCUGUCGGAGAAAAGCCGACCGAUCAUCCUCAUCAUCAUCAGCUUCUUAAUCGUGGUUACGAUCUUCAGCAACAUGCUCAUCAUCAGCUCAGUCAUCAUCUUCCGGCAGCUGCAGACUCACACCAACAUCCUCGCGAUGUCUCUCGCCGUCUCCGACUUCGGCUUGGGGUCCAUAGUGAUGCCCCUGCGCAUGGUGGGCACCGUGUACCACUGCUGGUACUACGACUACAGCUUCUGCAACGUCCUAUACUUCGUCGACUACACCCUCUGCAACUCGUCCAUCUUCCACUUGAGCUGCAUCGCCUACGACCGCUACGUGGCCAUCUGCGACCCACUGCGCUACGCUCAGCGCGUCACCAAACGCACCCUCGUGGCGAUGCUGCUCAUCUGCUGGUUUGGGGCGGCGCUCUUCACCUCGCCAAGCCUGCUGAGCUUCAGUCCCCAGCUCGUGCCCAGCGCCAUCAAGAGGGUGGGCUGCCCGGACGACUGUCUCUUUAGCGUCGACGUCAGCCUGCACUUCUUCUACGGCGCCUGCCCCUACUUCCUGACCAUGCUCGUCAUCACGGCCAUGUACGCGCGCAUCUACCACGUGGCGCGCACCCAGGCUCGGCAGAUCAAGGCAGCGACCACGAAGGUCCAAGGCCAGCAGAGGGAGAGCAACAUGCGACGCGAGCACAACGCCACGGUGACUCUGGGCAGUAUCAUUGUAGCUUUCUUUCUCUCGUGGCUGCCCUUCUUCAUCAUCGUGCUCGUCUUCCCGUUUGUCGGGAACUGCGACGUCGAGUACGAGGUGGCCACAUGGAUGGGCUACGUCAGCUCGGCCGUCAACCCACUCCUCUACGCCUCCUUCAACCGCCAGUUCCGCGGCGCCUUCCGCAAGAUCCUCAGUCUUCGGAUUUUCAGGGCGGGAGAGAGGAACUUUCAGUUGUCCGAAUGAAGCG